UAAUUGACAUAAUUUUUAGUAUCAUAGUAGUUCUAUUAGUUAUAAGUUUUUAAAAUGGGUGCAAGUCCGUUUCGCCGCCUGCUUCACUGGGGGCCAAUCGCAGUUUUAUGUAUAAUAAAAUUAAUAACAUGGGCGAUGGUACACGUUAUUGGCAUGUGGUGGCCGCCCCGGACCUCUAUAGCCGCGAUGACACAUUCCGCCGUCUUUUUGAGCAUGGCCUCUGUAACCUUAUAUUAUUUCCUCGAUUCUUUACUAGAAGGGCCUGGGUUUGUGCCUCUUGGAUGGAAACCAGAUAGUGAAGAGGACACUAAAUAUUUACAGUUCUGCACAGUUUGCAAAGGAUUCAAAGCACCUAGGUCACACCACUGCAGAAAAUGUGGUCGAUGUGUAAAAAAGAUGGAUCAUCACUGCCCAUGGAUCAACUGCUGUGUGGGCCACAACAAUCAUGGAUUCUUUACUCUUUUUCUCAUAUAUGCAGUAGCUGGAUGUCUACAUGCGUCUAUUGUCCUCAUAAUAUGCGUAUACCAUGCCCUAAACCGCGUCUGGUACGUGCAUCAUGGUACAGGCGAAGAACCUAUGAUACACCUUACACUCACCACAUUGCUGUUGAUACUGUUAGCCAUUGGCAUGGCUGUGGGUGUCGUUCUUGCCGUUAGCGUUCUGCUUUACUUCCAGUUGCGAGGUAUCGCCCAAAAUAAAACGACAAUAGAAGAAUGGAUAAUGGAGAAAGCUGUUGGAAGACGACUGGAGCUGGGUCUACCUCCUUUCAUAUACCCGUACGACCUUGGUUGGAAAAAGAACUUCAAAUUUAUGAUGUUUGACACGCAGUGUGACGGCCUGCGGUGGCCUGUUAGGGAUGGCUGUGGGCAAUACGAUUUAACAAUAGAACAAGUAGCACAAAAAGAAGACAAGCGUCUCCGGUCUCGGCUAUAUACUGCGACGAAGGAGUACUCAGGGCGGUGGGUGCCGCUGUGGACGCGGCCGCGUGCGGCACUUGCUGCGCCGUGCACUGACGAGGCGAGAUUGCCGCUGCAGCCCGGUGACGUCAUUAGAGCCACGCGGCAGAAGAAACAUUGGCUGUUCGGCGAGAAGCUACUCGGCGGCGGCGACGGGUGCCGCGGCCCACGUGGCUGGUUCCCGCGCGACUCCGUCGUGCCCACAGACAAGCUCAAGAACAACUAAUCCGUGCUUAUUGCCAUGUGUUACGGUAUUUGAAUCACUCUAUUUUUCCUGCAAUCAACGUGCUAAAAAUGUAUAUGAAAAUCGUAGUUCGAUAUCUGAACUAGACACCAGAGUUGAUGUCAUUGUGGGGGAUUAGGGUUGUGACGUCACAGACAAGUAUAGCCAGUUUUUUCUGAAUGAAUUUUUAAUGAAUUUUUUACAACCCAUUUAUGCAUACAUAUGUUGUAAUGCGAAUAAAAAAACGUAUAAUGUUUCGAAAAUCCUAUUUAUACAUUUUUUUUAGGAAUUGUAAAAAACUGCCAAAAUAUAUUAUAUAGUUGCAAUAUCGGUUACCAGAGGGGGCUCGUGGAAGAUUAGACUGGGAGUUCACUUACCUAUACAUAUUUGAAAUGAAAAAUGAAACACUUCAGAUUGUUCCAUUUGAAACAAUGCCACUAAACAAUCAGAUCAAAAUUCAUAUCAGAAAUCAGAAACAUUUAUUGUGUGAAUUGGUAAAAUACAAGUGAUUAGAUCCACAAUUCUUACCCAAGUCAGGCGUACAAUGUCUUAAAAUUACAAU